AUGAAGAAGAACAAGUGUAUCAUACCCACGCUAUACACUUUCUUCCAGGAUAUCUGGUAUUUCGAGGAGUGCGCCAAUGGAAUAAAACAGCUGGUUACCCUAGGCAAACACGCCCCAACAAUCAAAACUGUACCCGUCUUGGCGAAGUUUCCGGGGCAGACGAGGCCAGGAACGGCCGCUCCUGAUGCCGUUUUUGGCCUUGACGGCACCCAUACCGUCCUUCGUAAUCUAGGCGUUGGAGGUCGGGCCAACAAACAACUGACAAGCGUCCGCCAAUAUUUCACCAGCUUCAACGAGACACUCAAGCGCCAGACCGAGACAAUCGAAACAGUGAGAGCAGAGGUCCAAGAACUGAAAGCAGAACAACAGCUUCUGCGUGCCCACAAUGAGGAACUACGGAAAGAGAUUCAAGCCCUCCAGGCCAAACUGGAUGCACAACCGUUGAACACCCCCCUGAACAGAUCCUGGGCGGAUGUGGCCGCUGGCAACCCCCUACCAGACCCCGACAGAACUAUCCCACGCCCUAGAAGAGAGCCCAAUUGCUAUGUUAUCCGAUUCCGGGACACCCAGUCUGCUGAGACCGCCCGGAACAGCACUGAGUGGCUGGAGGAGCUGGGAAACAACACCAAAGUAGUGAAACCCCGGUUUGGGAUCGUGGUUCACCGAGUCCCGACCGAGGACUUUGAACUAGAAGGAAACAAGAAACAGGGAAUAGAGAAGAUUAUGUCUGAGAAUGACCUCCAUGACAAGAAAUUCCGGGUCGAGGAUAUUGCAUGGUUGAAGAAGAGAGACACACCUCUGGGGAAAUCUGCCUCGAUGGGGGUCUGGCUGGACUCACCGGAGGCAGCAGAAUGGAUUAUCAAUAAUGGACUACUGAAGACGCACGCAGCACUGGAAGCUGGCAUCCGAACACGCGCGAAAGAACUGCUCUCGUGGCCACACAUAUUUGAAAUGCCCUCCGAGCUAGUGACCCGAAUCGCGAGCGAGUCUGAGGAGAAUCGUGCACUCCGGGAGCAACUGAACAAGAAGCUGCAAGUUCUGGCGAACGGUCUAGUGACUUGUCGGCAGUUUGAGGGCAAUCGUAGCGUUAAUUCUAAUGACCAAGAUUUGUCGCAAACAAAUAUGUCCCAGAAUAGACCAUCAACAGAUCGUGGUCCCUUGAUUGGUGAAGGAGAUGGAUUGAAAUAUGAUAUUGACGACUCGGUGAUUUCAGCGAAUCCUUCCACACCCACACAAUAUUUGUAUGAGGAGGAAAGCGGUCAGCCUACUGAAUUGUCACCGACUAAAGACGUAACUGCCGGCUUUGAAUUUGUAUCUGCGUCGGAGACUUGCGCUCCUAGGAAAGAGUCAAGCAAAGGAACGUGA